AUGUGCGCGCCGGGGCUGCCGCCGCGUCCGGGCGCGGAUGUGCGGCUGGUCAUCGUAGGUGCGAGCCAGAUCAACUUUGGCUCUCCAGAAGGUCCGUGGAAUCACUCGAUCCGUCUGGAGCGCAAGCUCGGCCCGCGUCUCCACGUCGUGGCGCUGAUCGACCCCGUGAGGGAGAAUGCAGAAAAGGUGCUUCGGCAGAAGCACGCAUCUUCGGCGAUGAGCUCGUACAGAGACACGGCCGUGUACCCUGAUAUGCACGCCUACCUCGCGACGGUGACGCCCGACACGAGGCCGCAUGUGGUCUGGAUCGGCUCGCCGCCCGCGUUCCGUGGCAGUAUGCACGAGGGACGCGAUAUCGAAAAGAUGCUGGCGGACGCACUUCCAGGCGUGGGUGUGUUCUUGGAGAAGCCCGUCUCGACGAGCUCCGUGGACGACGUCAUGGACGUGGAUCGAUACAUCGACGGCAAGCUGGGCCCGGUGAGUGUGGGCUACAUGCUUCGAUACCUUCGAGUCUCGCAAAAGCUGAAGCAGAUCAUCUCGGACAACCGCUUGCGUGUGGUGGCCGUCAAUGCACGCUACGUGAUUGCGUACGAGCACCUCACGAAGCAGUGGUGGUGGAACAAGUCCCAGAGCCUCGGCCCGGUGAUUGAGCAAGCGACGCACUUUUGUGACUUGGCGCGCUACUUUGGCGGCGAAGUCGAGCUCGACUCGAUUAUUGCGCACUCCCUCGAGCACUUUGAGCCGCCGAGUGGGCUCAGCAAGCUCGCCUUUGACGAAGAGGCCUGCAUCCCCGCCGAGGAGCGUGUGCCGCGGGUGACGAGUGCGACGUGGAAGUACGAGUCGGGCGCGGUGGGCUCGCUCAUGCAUGUGAUUGCGCUGCAUGGCCGCGACUUUUUCACGGAGAUCGACGUGUUUGCGGACGGAUAUUCGCUGCGUCUGUGUGAUGCGUACAAUGCGCCGGUGCUGUACGUGCGCCGCCCGGGCGACGACCGAGAAGAGGUGUACAAGUAUGACGACGACGACCCCUUCUUCUCUGAAGUAGCGGGCAUGCUCGACGCCGUGGAAGACCCUUCGCAGCGGCACAGGAUCCUGACCUCGUACGACGACGCCGCGCGCACGUACGCAUUUACGUGGGCGAUCCGCCGCGCCAGCGAAGCGUGCGUCGCGGCGCGACACCAUAGUCCGUAA